GGCACAAAAUUCAAUUGUGACUUUAAUUACAGGAGUACCAGAAGAGGUGGUUGCAACAAUGGAUCAUUUGGAUUGAAGAUACUGAAUAAAAUUAAUCAGGAACUGUGCUGCGUAUUAUCUUGUUUUGUGAGAGAUUCCCUGUAGCCUUUGAUCAGCCACCAGGAAAGGACUACUAAUCAUCAUGAAGUUGAAGCAACGUGUGGUCCUUCUGGCAAUCCUCCUCGUCAUCUUUAUCUUCACAAAGGUUUUCCUCAUCGACAACUUGGACACAUCCGCAGCCAACCGCGAGGACCAGCGCGCCUUCCAUCGCAUGAUGACGAGUCUACGGAUCGAAUUGGACCCACGACUUGAUCACACGCUGCAGUCUCCUUGGGAGAUUGCAGCCCAGUGGGUGGUGCCACGUGAAGUGUAUCCGGAGGAAACGCCAGAGCUGGGGGCCGUGAUGCAUGCUAUGGCCACCAAGAAGAUCGUCAAAGCAGACGUGGGCUAUAAGGGCACCCAGUUGAAAGCGCUACUUGUGCUGGAAGGUGGACAGAAAGUGGUCUUCAAGCCUAAGAGUAUCAGAGUCUCCACAUGGAACAGGUUGAAUUAUAUAAAGAAUGGAGUCCUGAAGUCUGCCUUAAAAACUGCUAUGUCUCAUGAUCCCAUCGCACCUGUGCUGUCUGCCUCCCAUAUGGAUGCCCUGGAUCUGCGGCUUCUGAACAUCUUGGCUACCAUAAAGCAAUGUACAGAUCAAUUUGGGCCAGACAUUGUAUUGGUGGAAGAUAGAAUGACUCUUUCCCAUUUGUAGCUGUUAAGAGAAACUGACGGGGAUUAUUUUUUUAAAGGUAAUAAAUAGAAAACAGCACAACUGGUUCUGCACGGCUAUACGGGCAGGAUAAACUGGAAUUAAACAACAGCAUUUCUGCAUCAGAAGAGAAACCAUUGUAGUUUGAAAGCGCCGUUGAAGACAAGAAAGUUCCCCUUGAGUAGCCCUGGAUCUUUUCUUUUCUUUUCUUUUUGGAUUCCAUUGCUGGCAGUGGAUGUUGCACUGAGAACUCUCCUGGGAUUUCCUGAGAAGAGAUGGGAUAAAGAAAAUGGAAGAGACAUCCUGUGCUUGAACAAACAUGUAGGCUAUCUUGCAUCUGAAGAACUGGAACUGUUGCUAAAAAAAAAAGAAAAUAAAUAAUUUAUUAAGAAGUAACUUAUUCAUAUGGCAGCUGAAACAAAAUGUUCACCUUGAAGCUGCCAAAGACUUGCCUUUUGGAGUGGGUACGAGUA